AUGGAGCAACUUAAUGCGUCAGACGCCAAAUUCUCUGUCUUCAUCGAGGAACAAAGGCGCACAAAUCAUGAGAUUAAUGCCAAGCUCAAUCAACUAAAUGUCAUUGCUGGCAAUGUGGAGAGAAAUAGCCAGCGCAUCUCUUCGUUGGAGCAGAGCUGUGCCGCCCUUGCGCGUGAUGUCGGUGACAUGAGGAAGCAUCAGGCAUCGUCUGAUUCAGCCUCACACAACCAAACUGACAAUAUGCUGAUCAUAUCUGGUGUACCAUCCGCAGCGUCUGUCACCUCCUUGACUAUUGUACGCAACGUGUUUUCAAAGCUCGGUAUCCCUGAGUUGACGUGCCAUAUCUUAGAUGUUAGGGCCGUCUCUCGUGAGUCGCGUCGCGGAACGCCUCACAAUUCUUUGCCGGCCUCUUCCACCGUUUCGCUUUUUGUCACCUUGGCUUCUGCUGCUGUUCGUGAUGCUGUCAUCUUGAAGAAGCGCGCGUGUCGUGUGCUGGUGCAGAGAGAUGUUUGUGAGAACGACUCUGGUAGAAAUAUUUAUGUGAACGAACUGCUUCCCAAAAACAUUUAUGAGUUGCUUACGCAAGCCAAGCGUGCCGCCAAGGAACGAUCGUAUCGUUAUGUCUGGGUCAGUGGUGGUCGUAUUAAUGUUAGGCGCUCUGAUGGCGAACCAGUGAUUCGAGUGGACUCGGUGGCAGACCUUGACAAGCUUACAUGA